AUGAGUACGCGACGAGGAGGUGUUACCAGUCGGACACCUGCUCAUCAAAACAAGUUUUCCUUCCGACACAAUAAGAACUCCAAAAAGACCGAAAAGAUCGCUGCCAUGCCUAUUUAUCUCGUUUGUGAGAGGUGUAGGAAGAAAAUCGAGUGGAAGAAGAAAUACAGGAAGUAUAAGCCGUUAACCGCUCCUGGGAAGUGCGUCAAGUGCGGAAACCGGAAUGUGAAGGCAGCGUACCAUCAGAUCUGCGACGAGUGUGCUCGCGCAAAUCAUAUCUGUGCGAUGUGUCUGCAGGCGUGGAACGAACCUAUCCCCGAACCGAAGGAGACUUCAAGCUGUUGUUCCAGUUGCUGUUCGUCGGAUGAAGAUUAUUCUGACUUUGACCUCGACGAUUUUGAGUAAACUGUUUAUUUAGGACUUGAAUGCGUAUAAUAGAAUGAAAAUAGU